CCUUGUCGGUCUGGACGUAAAUAAGCUGCUUGCGCAUCUCAGCUGACGCGGCGGGAACGGGGAAGAAAGAGCUCGAGAUCCCCGGCGGAGGGCGUCACCAUGGGGAAGUGGAGGUUGUUCAGCGUCUCUGUGGUUCUGGGUUCAGUCUUUAUGAUCCUGUUGAUGAUUCUCUACUGGGACGACGUUGGCGCCUCUCACCUUUACCUGCCCGCCCUCUCCCCCCGGCCCGCCCCUCACCACCCCGCCACGCACCCCUCCUUCCUCUCCGACAUCAACGCCUUCGUAAACCAGUUCCUGGAGGGGACCAAUGAUCCUACAGAUUCCGCCCCCCCAGACUCUGCCAACCAAUCAGAGCGCGCCGAGGAGCGGUACGUGCCCCGGAGGGAGUGGAAGGUCCAUCUGACGCCCAUCGACCCCGAGAAACGACUAGGACAGGAGAGGCGGCGGCAGCGUGUCCAUGACCUCUGUCACCAUGGUGAUGACCUAGCUUUUCCGGGGAAGAACCGUUCAUUUGACGACAUCCCCAACAGGGAGCUGGAUCACCUGAUCGUCGACGACCGACAUGGGGUCAUAUACUGCUACGUCCCCAAGGUGGCCUGUACUAACUGGAAGAGGGUGAUGAUUGUGCUCAGUGAGAGGCUGCUCCAGGACGGAGGUCCCUACAGGGAUCCACUGGCUGUUCCUCAGGAGAUGGUCCACAACAGCAGCCUCCACUUCACCUUCAACAAAUUCUGGAAACGCUACGGGAAGUUCUCACGACAUCUGAUGAAGGUGAAGCUCCAGAAGUACACCAAGUUCCUGUUUGUCAGAGAUCCGUUCGUCCGCCUCAUCUCGGCGUAUCGGAACAAGUUCGAGCAGCCCAACGAGGAGUUCUACCGCCGAUUCGCUCUGCCCAUGCUCCGUCGCUACGGUAACCACUCUGAACCUCCCGCGGCAGCGGGCGAUGCGUUUCCUGCGGGAAUCCGCCCUUCCUUCUCAGAGUUUGUCCAAUACCUACUGGACCCCCAGACGGAGAGCGAAGCCCCUUUCAACGAGCACUGGAGACAGGUCUACCGGCUCUGCCACCCCUGUCAAAUACAGUAUGACUUUGUGGGUCAGCUGGAGACGGUGGAGGAGGAUGCUGAACAGCUGCUGAGGGUUUUGAAGGUGGACAACGUGGUGGACUUCCCCUCCUCUCCCAGGAACCAGACGACCAGCAGCUGGCAGGAGGACUGGUUCAGCAGGGUGCCCCUAGUGGCCAGGAGGAAUCUCUACAGGCUGUAUGAACCGGACUUCAGACUGUUUGGUUACUCCAGACCAGACGCGCUGCUAGACUGACCGACUCCAACUACGCUCUUUAGAGAAAAAGUAUUUUCUUGUCCCCAUCGGAGAACCCCUUUUUUUGGUGGUGAACAAGGUUCUACUUAGAACCUUUUUAGUGAUGAAACUGGUUCCACGUAGAACCUUGUAUUAAUUAAAGGGUUCCACUUGGAACCAAAAAUAGCUAUUGUCACGUGGGUUCUCCUAUGGGGAAAAUUGGGUAGUACAUUAUUUUCUAAGACCAGCCAGACCAGAGUGCUGGACCUUCUGCUCCGGUUCUGGACUCAGCAGGUCCAGAACAGAGGAACGUUAAGAGUUAGGUUACACUUCCUUUGGAGAAGAGUUUGGACUCCUGACUGCUGGAACCCUGGUGGAACCCUGGUGUCAUGUCGUCAUGGGAACCCUGGUGUCUGUCAUCAUGGAACCCUGGUGUCUGUCAUGUCGUCGUGGGAACCCUGGUGUCUGUCAUGUCGUCAUGGGAACCCUGGUGUCUGUCAUGUCGUCAUGGGAACCCUGGUGUCUGUCAUGUCGUCAUGGGAACCCUGGUGUCUGUCAUGUCGUCAUGGAAACCCUGGUGUCUGUCAUGUCGUCAUGGGAACCCUGGUGUGUGUCAUGUCGUCAUGGGAACCCUGGUGUCUGUCAUGUCGUCAUGGGAACCCUGGUCACUACUGAUCGUCCUAUGAGGAGUCCUGGUCACUACUGAUCGUCCUAUGAGGAGCCCUGGUCACUGGGUUAGGGGUAGACAGGGGGUUAGAGGGGUAG